CACGAAAUAAUUCAACAAAACUGUUCUUUUCGUCUUCCUGUCUUCUCUGCCCGAUCCAUAGUAAGUACGGAAUCGUAGAGCUCCACUCGAUCGUUGGUGUUUCUUCUACCUCCAUGUGGCCCCGUCCAGCUAGGAGGAGGAGGCCAUUUCUGACCGGAACUCGCCGCGUUCUAUGCUCCCGUGGACCUUGCGAUCAGCAGCUCGCCGCCUGGCUUCGGCCACACGCGCAGCAGCAGCUUCGGCUUCGGCGGCGGCGCGAUCAUCGGCAACGGCAACGGCAACUGCAAGGCCGCAGGCUGACGACGACCGCCAGGAGCCCCGGCAGCGCUGCGCCGUGCAGGAGCAUGUUUUCUGGCCGGACGGGCAGCAGCUGGCCACUCUCCGUCGACAACACCGUACAAAGGCCUCGAGAGAUCAUUCUGGCUUGACCCGGCAACUUCUAGAUUUUCAACAUGAUACAGUAAAUGAGCCAGAUGGGGAUUAUGAUCCGUUGGGUCAGCUGAAAGCAAGGUUCAUGGACUUCAAGCAACGGAACUAUGUGGAAAAUUCUACCAAGUAUCAGAAUCUUGCUGAGCAGCAAACACCAGAGUUCAUGGUGGUUGCUUGUGCUGACUCCAGGGUCUGCCCUACUAGUAUUUUGGGGCUUCAGCCUGGGGAUGCAUUUACUGUUCGUAACAUAGCAAAUUUGGUACCACCAUACGAGCAUGGAGCUUCAGAAACUACUGCGGCACUAGAGUUUGCUGUUAACACACUUAAGGUACCGAAUGUUCUAGUGGUCGGUCAUAGUCGUUGUGGUGGCAUCCAAGCACUAAUGAGCAUGAAAAAUAAGAAAGAUGAUUCCAGCUCUAGAAGCUUUAUCAGAGACUGGGUCUCUCUUGGGAAGAGCGCAAGAUUGAGCACUGAAGCAGCGGCUGGAAAUUUGAAUUUCGAAUCACAGUGCAGACAUUGUGAAAAGGAAUCCAUUAAUAGCUCACUGUUGAACUUGUUAACGUACCCAUGGAUUGAGGAAAGGGUGAAGGAAGGAUCUUUGUACCUUCAUGCGGGAUACUACAACUUUAUUGAUUGUACAUUUGAGAAGUGGACAUUAGUGUACCGUCCAGGGUUGGAAGGUGGCAGCAAGUAUGCCAUAAAGAACAGGUCUACCUGGUCUUGAUCAAUGAACAUAGAAGAAUAUUCCUGCAAUGGAGUAAAGUGCAGCACAGCGAACAAUAUAGUACCAUAGUAAAGUUUGUCAAAUCGCCGGGGACAAAGUAAAUUCAGUCCAAUUAGCUAUGUUUUGUUUCCUACCAUGGAAUCGCCAAACAGUGUCUCAGUAAACUGCAAAACUACAGUCAAACGAAACAAUGUACAAUGCUGCCACAUUUGGCUCAGACCUUGUGUUGUUGUUGUAACAUCUGUAUCAUUCAAUGUAACAUUAUAAAAAUAAGAUACAACUUUGUAA